AGCUCCAUUCAUCAAUUUAGAACAGCAAAGAACACUAAAACAGCUUCAAAAAAAUGGCGAUUCAACGCCAAUUUCUUCCCUCUUUUCACAAAUCAAUCCUACCAUCGAUUCACACCCACCUCCGAUUUCACCAAUCUCUCUCCUCCUCCUCUUCACCUCCAAUUUCCCAGCAACCCAGUUCACCUAAUUCAGUGUCAAACCCUCUAAUGGUCGACAAAAUCCUGCUGAAUUUGAAACUAUGUAAGUCCCCUUCCUUUCACAAUAGCACCAACAUGUAUCGUACUUUAACCCCUUUUGAUAUUGCUCAAGUUUUGUUUCAAUGUCGUGAAAAUCUGGAACUGGGUUUAAUGUUUAUUGAUUCGUUUUUGGUUAAUUGCCCCAAUUUUCGACAUUCAACUCUUUCUUUGUGUGUUAUGGUUCAUAUGUUGGUUAGGGGUAGGAGGGCAUCGGAUGCCCAAGCUUUGAUUCUUCGUAUGGUUCGAAAGAGUGGGGUUUCGAGGGUUGAAAUUGUUGAUUCUUUGGUGGGGUGUUAUGAUCAAUGUGGUUCGAAUUUGGGUGUUUUUGAUUUAUUAGUUAGGACUUUUGUGCAAGCCAAGAGGUUGAGGGAAGCUGCAGAGGUGUUCAAAUUGUUGACUAGUCGAGGUUUUUUCGUGUCGAUUAAUGCUUGUAAUAGUCUUCUUGGUGGGUUAGUGAAGGUUGGGUGGGUUGAUUUAGCGUGGGAGAUAUACCGAGAAGUUGUUAAACAUGGAGCUCAGCUGAAUGUUUAUACAUUGAAUAUUAUGAUCAAUGCUUUGUGUAAAGAUGGUAAGAUGGGAAAUGUGGAUUCCCAUUUGUUAGAAAUGGAAACCAAGGGGGUAUUUCCUGAUAAUGUGACUUAUAACACAUUGAUUAAUGCUUAUUGUAGGGACUGUAAUGUCGAAAAAGCUCUUGAAAUGAUGAAUUCUAUGUCAAGUAAGGGGUUGAAACCUGGUGUGAUUACCUAUAAUGCAAUAUUGAAAGGUUUGUGUAGAAUGGGAAAACAUAGUAGGGCUAGGGAAAUGUUGAGUGAUAUGUGGGAAACGGGGUUGUGUCCUGAUACUAAUAGUUACAAUGCGUUGCUAAUUGAGGGUAGCCGGAAAAAUACUAUCGUGGAUGUGGAACAAUUGUUUGAUGAAAUGGUACACCAUGGUGUGGUUCCGGAUGUAAUUAGUUAUACAUCACUUAUUAGUUAUUUCUCGAGAGAUGGGCUUAUGGAAAAGGCCUUGAUGUAUUUUAAAGAGAUGAAGACCAAGGGGCUGACCCCAGACAGUGUUUUAUAUACCGUUCUUAUUGGUGGCUUUUGUAAUUCCAGUCUUGUAUCUGAGGCCUUAAGAAUGCGCAAUGAGAUGCUUGAAAAGGGCUGUCUUUUGGACGUGGUGACGUACAACACCAUUUUGAAUGGCUUGUGUAAAGAACACAUGUUAGGUGAGGCGGAUCAGUUGUUCGAGGAGAUGUUGCAAAGGGGUAUAUCCCCUGAUUAUUACACUUAUGCAACACUUAUUCAUGGUUAUUGUAAGGCUAGGGAAAUGGACAAAGCAUUGGUAUUGUUUGAGACUAUGAUUCAAAGGAACAUCAAACCAGAUAUUGUAACGUAUAACAUUUUGAUGGACGGUUUUUGCAAGCAGGGUUUCAUGGAAAAGGCUAAUGAAUUAUGGAGCGACAUGAUUAAUCGAGGAAUAUACCCUAAUUGCAUAUCCUACAGUAUUCUCAUUAAUGGAUUUUGUAGCGUGGGGCGUCUUAAUAUGGCAUUUACACUUUGGGAUGAGAUGGUAGGAAAAGGUAAUGAGCCAACCAUUGUGACUUGUAAUACCAUCAUUAAAGGCUAUUGCAUAUCUGGAAAUGUAGCAGAGGGGGAGAAGUUUUUGACCAAGAUGAUAACGAAAGGAACUCUUCCCGAUAGUGUUAGUUACAACACUCUUAUACACGGACAUAUCAAAGAAGAGAAUUUGGACAGAGCUUUUUCCUUGCUUAAUAAAAUGGAGGAUCAGGGGAUAUUGCCUGAUGUCAUAUCAUAUAAUGUGAUACUAGAUUGCUUUUGUAGACAAUCUAGAAUGGAAGAGGCACAAUUGAUAUACAAAAAGAUGAUAGAAAGAGGCGUGAAUCCAGAUAGAUCAACGUAUACAACGCUUAUUAAUGGUUAUGUUAGUCAGGACAACAUGAAAGAGGCCUUCAGGUUCCAUGAUGAAAUGCUUCGAAGGGGUUUUGUACCAGAUGAUAAGUUCUGAUACAUCUGUCAGGGAGUUGAAUAGGUUGGGUAGAUGACCACCUCUUUGGUUUGGCUGUUUGGAUCUCAAAUGAACACCGAUGGUUUCUUAUAAGGAUUGCCUGGUGAAACCGCAUUCAGGACAUGCAAGUUGCUAAACUAGUGGGAACUUACUGUUCUGAGUUAUAGGUCUGGAGAAGAGGUAUAUCGAGAGGGAUAAUUGCUGUGAAGGUGGCUCUCAGGUUCAUGCCAGUUUGAGCAAGCAUAGAGAACUAUGCAGAUUCUUAUUCGAUGAACAUGUUUAGUAUAUAUUUAUACUACUUCCCUCUAUGUGACGAGGAAAGAGAUGGUAAUAAGUUUCCAUGUGAUGAAUAGAGAGAAACCGCAAAGCAAUGAAGUUGCAGGAAUUGUGCCAAACAGUAUCUCUGUAGUCACCACCUCACCCGCUUGUGCUUCUGAUGGAAUUGCAUCAAGGUCAAUCACAUUACCACUGCCUGAUCCAAUCUGCAAGCUCCUCUUCUCUGCAUCUUCCAGUUUCUGAAUAUCUCCCUGAUAGGCUAUAUUGGCAAAGGGAGGAGGAUUAAGAAAGAACCUGUGACCAACUGCCAUAUCCAACGCGUAAUGAGCAAGAGCAAGAGCAUGAGCCACUUUAUUAUUAGCACGAGAAAUGUGCUUAACAAUAAGGGAUUUGAACCUGCCCAUUAGACCUGCCACAUCACUCAAUAAAGGCUUGAGCUCCUCAUUGUAUCUUCCAUUAACAGAUCCUAACAUAGUUAACAAGGCAUCUGCAUCAGUUUCGAUUUCCAGAUUUUGAAUCUCAUAUUCCUGUGCCAUAAGUAAGCCCUCUCUCAUCGCAUGUAACUCUGCUGCUAGGGGAGUAAGGGCAUUGAACUUGCUUGAGAAUCCCACGUACCAAUUGCCAGUUGCUCCUCUGAAGACACCACCUCCUCCAGCAUCGUUAUGAGCUCUCCAACUGCCAUCAGUGUUGAGCUUCAAAUGAUCAUAAGCUUGUUACAUACCGAAGUUUAGAAAGGAAUGUACUGGUAUGUGAUGGCCUGAGUGAUUUGUUCUGUAGUGAAGUGCUUUGAAAAACUAUCUGCAAACUGCAGUUAUUUCCAAGGUGCUCUAUUUGCUAUCGAUGAUUUUUUUGGACUAAAGAAGUUCUGAAGUUAAUAUGAUUGGUAUGAAGGUUGUUUCUCAGUCUUACCUAGAAUUCGCCCCCUGUCCUUGUGGGUUAGGAAACAUAGUUCAGUACUUAAUACACGUGUUAAACAACAAGUCAUGAUAAUCUACGUAACUAUUCUUUUCAUUACUAAUGUUUUUCAUCCCUUACUCAUACUUGAUCAAAUUAAUUUCCCAAGUAUUCUUAAUGUUCAUAUGCUUUGGAUGCUAUUUGCUUUUCAUUUCUUGCUGAUACUAUGUUCUAAUUAAAUGUCCAAGUUUCUACUCUGUAUUAAAUUAUAAGUUCUACUGUUGCAUCGCGGGCAAGUAUAGAUAGCUGAUACUGUUCUUGAUACCAGAUUUAAUUAUAUAAACAUAUUGGAUAUAUGAUGAGGGAUGCUUGUCUGGUGGCACAUAUACCAGCCGAUCCAUAACUGGUUUGUCUGGUUUAUGUUAAUUGAAAGAUUUAGUCUUUUUGCUACCCUGGAAACUUAUCUUUUUAACUGUUCAUUUUCGUUCAAAUUUCAGGGGUCAAAUAAUGGAUCUUACCUUUCAUCUCAUUCACAAGGGUCAGUUUACAAAGAACGUUUUACAAGUUCUUUACGCGCAUUGCAUAGCAACUUGAGAACGAAGUCUCCUCCUUUUCAGAAUGGCUGGAUUAAUACUCUUGAUGCUCGAGUUAGGUUGUGAUUUUUCGUUCAUUUGAGGAAUGUUUAAGGUAAGAAGAAAACUCUACUGAAUCAACAUCCGGUUACGCACUUGAGCUACGUUCAAGCAUUUUAGAGCUGAUGGAGCUCGUCCCUGUGACUCGGAGUUCCCCACCAACUUAUGUUGAUUAUUUAAUAUGAGUAAUGAUGAUGGCAGUAAUGGCUUAAUUAGUUUGGAUUAUACUAAAAGUAGUUCAUAUGCAUACGUUAAUGGUGUACCGUAUAGUCGUAUACUUACCCACCUCUGUUUGUACUUCUCAUUACAUCACUUGUAAUAAGUCGCAUGACCAAAAUUAAAUUGUAGAAUAAUUAUAUACUGCAUAGUUGUUAAUAAUGAUAUCGGUGUUUUGAAUUAUAAA